AUUGGACGUGCACUUCCGGCACGUUCGCUGAAGAAGCGCAAUCAGGCUGCGCGUUGUCUCUGCGUGCGUGCUGACGGAGCCGGUGCGCCGGUAGCCUCCGUGCUGUACUAUGGACCUGCGGAGCAGUGCUGAGACAGACCCGGAUCUCUCCGAACACCACGCCGGCUCCGUCCAGCCGGAGCUGCAGUCCAGGAAGCAGGAGCAGGAGAAGCUGUCGGGGGUGGUGAAGCGCGUGCACCGAAAACUCCGCAGGAAAUACAUUGAAGUGGGAGAUUUUGAGAAAAUAUGGCGUGAACAUUGUGAAGACGAGCAGACUCUCAGCGAAUAUGCCAUGGCCAUGAAGAAUUUGGCUGACAACCACUGGGCGAAUAAGUGUGAGGGCGAGGGGCGCAUUGAGUGGUGCCGCAGUGUUUGUCAGGAGUACUUCCAGGAUGGAGGGAUGAGGCAAGUGUUGAAGAAAGAUGAGAAGAGUGCUAGACACGCCGCAGCUGGGAAUAACGUAUCUGCAGUCUCUCUACCACAGUCGUCUUCUUCAAGCUCUACGUUCCAGCUUGGGAGGAUACGUCUGUUGGAUGUGGGCAGCUGUUUCAAUCCCUUCCUGAAGUUUGACGAGUUUCUGACUGUCGGUAUCGACAUUGUGCCAGCAGUAGAGAGUGUCUACAAAUGCGACUUUCUCAACCUGCAGCUGCAGCAACCUCUGCAGCUGGCCAGCGAUGCUUUGGAUGCCUUCCUGCGGCAGCUGCGCGGCCCCAUCGACGCUUUACCUGCCCAGCUAUUUCACGUGGUAGUGUUCUCCCUGCUUCUCUCCUACUUCCCCUCACCCUAUCAGCGCUGGCUCUGCUGCAAGAAAGCACAUGAACUCCUGACCCUGAACGGCCUGCUCCUCAUCAUCACCCCUGACUCCUCCCACCAGGGCCGGCACGCACUUAUGAUGCGCAGCUGGCGAGUUGCAGUGGAGUCUCUAGGCUUCAAGCGCUACAAGUACGUCAAGUUCUCCCACAUGCACCUGAUUGCUUUCCGCAAGGUGUCGCCCAACACCAUCAGCGACCUAGUCAGCCGCAACUACCCAGAGAUGCUUUACAUCCCGCAGGACUUUAACACAUUCGACGAGGACGGAUUCGCAGAUUGCUACGAGCCUCCGCGCUCCGAUUUCGAGGAUGACCAGUUGGCGUGUAGCUUUGCGGAAUUGCCAGACACACCGUACGAUUCUGACUCAGGCGAGAGCCAGAGCAGCUCAGCUCCCUUCCACGAGCUGGAAGACCCUAUUUUGCUGCAGAGCUGAACUUGUUUACUGCCCCUCUUGAUAUUUAGUAGCCUACCUUCGUGCUGCCAAAAUUGCUGCGCUGCAUUUGUGUACUCGACCCCUUUUUAAGCAGCAAACAGUUUGCACAGAGUGAAUGAGGACGUUUAAGUGGGCGUUGAUUUUUAAGAGUGUGCAAGACAUCCCUUUGAACACAAAUUUACACACUAAACAGUCUUAAUUAAGAAAGUGAGGUGGUUUUGUAACAGAAGCAGCUGCGUGAUUUCAGGUCGAGGAAGAUUUUGCUCACCCACUUGGGCUGUUUUCUCAUUUAGAAUUACUGUCAACUGGAUAAACCGUUUCAAACUAGCAUAACUUAUAUCUUAGGCAUAGUUAUUGUCUGUGACAAAAGAUCCAAACGUUUGGUUGGAGUUACCAUUCUGUUAUUUCAAACCUGUAUGAAUUCUGCAUUCUCUGAAAUGCAUGCAUUUUAAAAAAUUGCUUCGGUGUAAUUUUGUCCAUACAAUCAAAGUCAAUGGGGUCCAAAAUAACAUUAUUUUGGACCCCAUUGAUUUUCAUUGUUACUAAAAGUUACAUUGAAAUGAAAGUUGCAGUGAAAGUAAAUGGGGUCCAAAACAAUGUUGUAAGAACAAAAACAGUUUGACAUUGAAAAAAAAAAAAAUUCAUACAGUUUUGGAACAUGGUGGUGAGUAAAUGACGACAAAAUUUUCCAUUUUUGUGUGAACUAUCCAAUUAAUGGUUUGAUUCUUAGCAAGUUUUCACUGGAUGUUUUAGAUGGCAAUUUCAGCCAUCUGUGCUACCGACUUUUUUUGUAAUAGCCUUUAUCUAUGAUAUUUGUAGCAUUUUAAGUGUCUGCAGAACUUGUGCGUGUUUGGUUAUGUGACAUUGUAACUGUGAAUAUGGAUUUCUCGCUUCAACAAGGUACAAAUCAUGCGAAGUAGUCAUAGUAUUUCAGAACAAACAAUCUUACAGGUGACCAGAUUGGAUGCAUGCGUUGUGGUAACAUGUUUCUAAUCUUGCGAUCAAACAGCCUGAAAGUAGCUGCGUGUCUGCCUUCGUUUUCAUUUUAACCGCUAAUGUAACCAGUAAUAUCCGAUGACUUGUCAGUAGUAUGUAGUAUGGAACAGGUUAGAGUUCUCUGCAUUUCGCCGUAAUGUGACUUUAUUGAGUAGGAUGAUUGUUUACUCUCGACUGUUUACUUUCGAAACGUUUGGUUGUUCUAAAUCUACUUCCCGUAUCGUUAUCUGGUGUAUAUCCCAUUAAGUUUCAGUACAUUAUUUUAGUUACUAAAUGACUGAAUAUAACUUUUUAAAGGUACAAAAUUUUGAAAAGUACUCUGCCAAAUGUUGAUUUCAAGUACUACAAAAAGAUUGUCGCGUAUCACUGUAAGAUUUUAGCUCCUAUGUAUGUAGCUGCAGAAUUUGCAGCUUUUUUUAAAAUUCACUCCAGGUUCUAAAAAAAAAAACACUAUUUUGAUUGUCCAAGCACAUAUUUGCACAUUUUUAAUUAUACCCUCUAUGUAGGUUGACAAAAUAUUUAUAUUGGCAUCAGCACUUCAUUGGAAUAGCAAUACAUUCAUAAUCAUAAACGGUCAAAAAUUCCCUGUAUCACUGUAACCUGGCAGUUAAAUUGAGUGACUGAUAUUAGGCACUGUUUUCUAUUGUAUUCUUGUGGUUAUUGUUUGGUAAUCCUGAUGCUGUGAUGGGUCUUUACUCUUGCAGGAGUGUGUGAGAUGUGCUUUGGGGUUCGGUUCAAGUAUAUAUGUGAGGUUUUGGUGUUAGGCACUUUAAAUGUGUUGUAAGGGUGCCAAAAAUAAGUGUGGAAAGAUUUGAAAUGGUUCUAGAUUUCAGUAUGUGAGCUUUCAGGGUAUCGGAAAAAAAUCCUCUUCAAGGUGCCUUCAAACCCAAAUUGUAUUUUUGCAUUUGUGAUUAUAUGGACUGGAUUUAAGAACAGGCUACUGAUUGUGAUUAGGAAGUGUGAUCAUUUCUCUCCCACAGUAAACUGUUACAGUAUACAUACUUUCAGUGAACUGACCAGCUCGUGGAAAAAAUGUACUAAACUACUGCCCUCUUAGCAAUAGUAUUUAAAGGUAUUCUUUAAUCUGUACUCUAUUUAUAAAUCUGACAACAAAGAUGUUUUAAAACCAUUUAAAAAAAAAAAAGCUUUGUAUUAUAUUUUUACUUGGUGGUGUGUUCAAACAUUUACAUAUCGAGUGUCUUUGUCUUCCCCCGGCUCUAAUCCACUGUUUGCAUGAUUGAUUUUCUUUAUCAGUGUUAUGAUUGUUGGCUUCCUCAGAACCAGACUAUUUGUGAGGAAUAUUGUUAUUCAUCUUUUAUAAAUAAAUAAAGGUUUUUGUUGCCUUC